AUGGGUAUUGAAACGAUAGCGGGCUUGCGCCACUACAAGUGCCUGGAUCCACCAGUGAUUGACCGGUGGCUAAAGGCGACGACGAGCAUCUGCCUUCGAAAGUUUGGGGUCUUCGCGAGAGUCGAACGACAACUGAACGGCCACAACGUCACACCCGUUCGGGACGACGGCGUGGGAAUGUCGUCUUUGAAAGAGGUUGCACACUAUGUCGCCUUCUGGAACCAGAAGUUAGAAUGGGUCCUUCGACAGGUGGAAAAUGGGAGAAAUAGCGUUCGUCGUUACAUCGUCGAUUGCGGAAACGAAUCGGCACGAUUUAGUCGCGCUUCUGUCAGCUCCGACUACGUCUGCUGGGGAGCUAAGGAGACGACCGAGUGGUGCGCUAAGUCUGCAAAGGGUGCCGACACGGUGGACAAUAAUAACGUUCCGAUAGCAUCUAGGUUCGAUGCGACAGCAACCUGGUCUGCCUAUAGACUGACGUGGAGAGGACUGAUGAGAGCAAUUCGACUAUGUUUAGCCCAACGGUAGCUUUUGUGGCCAUUUUAAACCGAUAUUAGUGUUGAAGUAGCACACCCUCCAUGUCGC